CCCAGACCAACAAACAACAUGUGAAGCAUUCUGCGAAUCGAGACAGCAGCAUACGCUACAAACCGACAUGGGUCAGCUCUAAUUUUUUUUUCGUUCGCAGAAAACCACCAAUUGAUUCCAUCUCGAAAACAAAACGAGUAAAUUUGGAAAAGAAGCAGCAGGUCAUGAUAAUAAUACGACCGUUGACAUCAGACGAACCAUCGAAAGGUGACUGAACUACCGAGCGAUUGUUGUUGCCUGCACGCACAAUGAUGCCGCGUCGCCGCGUCGGGGCCGAAGACGGCGCCGUCGGUCCACAUCCUCAUCCCUACCGCACGCUCCUCGCUUCCUUUGCGGCGUGGAAACUCUUCCUGCUCACCAUCGCCCUGGGCAGCAUCCUCGCGGGCGACGCCUACGACACGUCGGCGGGGCUGCUGCUGCUUCAGGGCGACCAGGAGGAGGGCCGUAGUAACGCGACGGCCGGCCGGCCGCCGGAGGAGGGCCUCGGGAUCCGGCUGAUCACCCGCCUGACCAGCUGGGACGCUGUGUACUUUGUCAGCACCGCACACAGGGGUUACCGGUUCGAGCAGGAGUGGGCGUUUGGUGCCGGUCUGCCUUUUACCGUGCGAAACCUGCUUCGUGGGCUUACUCAUAUUGGCGUCCUCGAUCCGUCCGCGGCCGGAGGGAAACCUGUGCCCGAAGCGCUGACCGGCAUCGCCAUUGCCAACACGGCCCACCUGCUCUCCGCCCUAGUGCUCUACCGCCUUGGCCAGGUGGUCUGGCGCGACCAUACGCUAUCUUUAGUCGCUGCUCUUGUGCACAUCAUCUCCCCGGCCGGCCUGUUCCUGUCCGCCCCCUACGCCGAGAGCUCCUAUGCCCUGCUCUCCUUCUCCGGAUUCCUACUCUUCGCCCUCGGCUGCCGGGCUGAGGGCAGCCCAACACGCCGCGACCUCUACACCAUAGCGGCCGGGGCCCUCUUCGGUCUAGCCACAGCCUUCCGCAGCAACGGCAUCCUGAACGGCCUUCCCUUCGCCUUGGAGGCCCUGCGGCACCUCCCCGCGCUGCCCAAGCGUCCCUUCGACACCCUGCGUCGGCUGCUUGCACUUGGCGUGGGUGGGGUAAUGGUGGCCGCUGGCUCGCUCGGGCCCCAGACUGCCGCCUAUCUGCGCUUCUGUUCCGGCCCAUCCGGGGCAUUACCCAGGCCUUGGUGCCACCAAUAUCUGCCCAGCAUCUUUACCUUUGUCCAGCAGCACUACUGGAACGUCGGCUUCCUGUGCUACUGGACCUUGUCUAAUCUCCCACUCUUUUUGCUCGCCACCCCGAUGCUCACGAUUCUAACCAAGUCCGGGAUGGAUACGCUGAGGGGUCGGAGCAUUCCUGCUGCUGACGGAUCCGCCGAGUCGGCGCGGUUGUUGUCCCUUGUCCAGUCUGCCGCCGCCGCCGAAGUGCUGCUUGCCGUACUCGCGGUCACAACCUACCAUGUCCAGAUUAUCACGAGGAUAUCUUCGGGAUACCCCGCGUGGCAUUGGUGGCUUGCUGGGAACCUUGUCCGUGGGGAAGAGGCGGGGAGCCGCAUUGUCAUGUUCAUGGUCCUCUACGCAUCGAUCCAAGGUGCGCUCUUCGCGUCGUUUCUGCCCCCAGCAUAGACCGUCAAUGAUCACCUGCUACCGUAGUGGAUUAGUUUCCUUUGUAAAGGCCUUUUUGAUUAUUUCCGCUGGCCACUACCACCACCACC